AAAUCUCUACACAAAUUCCAUCAAAUCUCACCAGAAAUCGCUGAAACCCUUUCUCUCUCUGUAUUUGCGAAUUCCUCCGUUUUCUUUUGUUUUUGUUCUUUCUUAAGAUGACAGGAGAAGAAGGGAGUGUGAGCCUUGAUCUUCUGAAGAAGAAGAUGGAUGAUUUUGCCAAGGAGAGAGAUUGGGAGAAGUUUCACAGCCCCAGGAACCUCCUUCUUGCCAUGGUGGGAGAAGUGGGAGAGCUCUCAGAGAUUUUUCAAUGGAAAGGGGAGGUGCCAAAGGGGCUUCCAGGGUGGGAAGAGGCAGAAAAGACACACCUAGGAGAAGAGCUCUCUGAUGUUUUGCUGUACUUAGUGAGGCUGUCUGAUGUGUGUGGCAUUGAUCUUGGCAAAGCUGCACUUAGAAAAGUUGAGCUUAAUGCCUUGAAAUACCCAGCAAACAAAACCAAGAACACCAAAGAGAGUGUGAAGAUGAGUAACUAGAGAGCUUGGGUUUUCCCAGUUACAGUAGUUACUGGUUUACUGCUUUUUGUAGUUAGAAAUUUGGGGGAGAAGAGAGGUGGGUGAUGCUAAAAAUGGAAGGUGGGAGAAGAUGUGUGUGGGAGGGGUAGAAGUAGGGGAACAGAUAGGUGGAUAGUCUGAGGGUUUUGGGCAUCUUAGGAUGGUGACUGUUACUGGCUUUUGGGUUGGCAUGUAAUAAGGUGGUGUUUGGCAUUAACUUCUCCUCCUUCUAGUUUUGGCAUGGAUUUCAAUGGAAGUUUGCAUGCAGUAACUCUGUGAUGAUGUACUUUUGCAAAUUCUGGAAAUGUGAUCAACUGUGUAAUGAAUGGAAACCAGUGUAUACACUAAGUUUCUCAGUGUA